AUGAACAACUAUCAAAUCUAUGAUGAAGUUGGUAAAGGUCGAUUUAGUAACGUAUACAAGGGCCGACGAAAAAAGACAAUAGAGUACUAUGCCAUCUCAUCCGUUGACAAGUCUCAACGCCAGCGUGUGCUGGCCAACGUGAAGUUCCUCCGCUCCGCACACCACCAACGCAUCAUCAAGUUCCACAACUGGUACGAGACAAACAAUCAUCUUUGGAUAAUCACGGAGCUCUGUACGGGUGGUGACAUGCGGCAAGUCUUGAGCCUCGACAGCCGACUCUCUGUAGCAGCCGUGCGGAUGUUUGGCGGCGACAUUGCCGAGGGCCUAAUGUACAUUCACUCCCGUGGCGCAGUAUAUGGAGAUUUGAAGCCGUCAAACAUUCUGAUGGACUCUACCAUGUCGAUGCGGUUCUAUGACUUUGGACUCACACGCGACUUUAGCGCCGUGCACAAGGAGGGGGCCGUGGGCACACCUCUGUACAUGUCACCGGAGCUCUUCACCAGAGAUGGUGUGCCGUCGAUGGCCUCCGACCUCUGGGCGUUUGGCUGCCUGCUACACGAGAUGAUCACUGGCAAGCCGCCAUUUGAAGGUGCUGACCUCACGGCACUCAUCACGAAUAUCAUGGCGGUGCCCUACCGGCGGCAUGAGGGGACCCCAGACGUUCUCAACGACUUGCUGGAAAGCCUGUUGGUAAAGAACCCACUGAAACGCGCCACGUGGGUCGACGUUGUGGCGAGUGACUUCUGGCAAGGUCGGUUGCAGUUGCCCACCGCCCCUUUUCCGCCUCAGCCGGUCUUUGAUAGCAUGAAGCAGCAGAGAGCAGGCAGUGGUUGGCCCAUGCCAGCCGCGGAGGUGCGGAGACACGUCGAGUGGGCGGUGGACGCUGCCAAGCGCAAUUACACCAUGUCACAGUUCACCAGCGAGGUUGGCGCACCAAAGUCCCCUGGAGUCGCGGACGAAAUCGACUUGCGGGAUCACAGCGCACCGUCUGAGACGGCGGUAGGUGACAGCGCGAACGGUGGCAUGACCUCCAGCAGCGGGCAGGGAACUGAGCGGCGCGUGUCAGCAGGGUCAGGUGCUCGUGCCGUCAAUGCGACGCAUUCAAACUUUCUUCGAAACAAGGAACGGUUACGCGGUGAUGGAGGCACAUUAGUGAAGGAUAACAACAUAAAUAUCUUGCAAGUGCCAACGAUUGACGGUGGACUAGAAAACUUGCACCUCGAUGAUCUUCUGGUGCACCCUUCUGAUGCCCAUAUUCGACCACUCGUAAUGAAUAGCCGUAUAGAGCGGUUUGUUGAACAGAAAUACAACCCCGAUGCGUUGGGCUUUGAGGCACCGUCAAGAAGUGAUCUGAAAACAUUUAAUGAGCAACAACAGGCACAAUUUAUCACGACAAUAUACCGAACACUCUCGUCUUCCUCAUUAGGGUUCGAAGAAAAGUUAAACGUUCUUUUCUACUUUGAAAUCGUAUGUACCGAUGCUUCUAUUGCUAACUUCAUCGUCAACAGUUCUGUAAUGAUGUUGUGCCUCAAGAUGGCCUCGCAGCGCAAGGCGCCAUCUAGUUACCGUGCCACCGCCGCCUCUAUCAUGGGUAUCCUUGUGCGCCACGCCACGUACAUCCACACAGAUCUCGCCAAGGCGAACAUUCUCUCUUCCAUUUUGAAGGUUUACAGUGAGGAGGACAGUCCGCGGGUAAAGCGGAAGCUUGCGGCGUGUCUGGGGGAGUUUCUCAUCUACAUUGCUGUCCAGCAAGAACGCGAUCGUGCUGCGUGGGGUAUUGACCCUGCAGCUAUUUUCGUUAUGUACGUGAAUAUUUUGUCGGAUGCAGAUGAUGUGCUAAAGCACUACGCAGUCAAAACAAUAGAGAACCUCGCGUCCGUAGCUGACAAGGGUGUCGCGCUUGACGUCUUUGCAAAGCCAGAAACGGUGAUGGCGUUGCUUGCCAUUUACGCUCUCCCACCUGCUUCCACCCGCAGUGAACACAUGCGAUCGAGUGCGGUGUGUGCGGCACUAAAGUUAGCGAUGCUGCGGGAGGAGUUUAUGCCGUUGGUGCUGGAGUCGAACUACCUGAAGAUAGGAUCAUACGGCGAGGUAUUGACGGCGACAGUGGCACCCAAGGCAGCGCAGUCGCUGCUGACGUUUCUUAAUAUGGUCGUUUUGAAGGGUCUCGUUGGGGUGCAGAACCCAGUUGUGGCGCUUUGGGGGAAAGAGGCGACGAGCUCCUUCGCUGCGUCAUGCCUGACACAAGAAAAGGCAGAGAUGGUGCUGAAAAUAGUAAGCAGCGUCGCGGAGUCCGUGAUAGGCGGACUGUGUGAAGGCAGUGAGCAUGCAUCGGUCGCAAUGAAAGGCAAGGCACUGCUGCUGCUAAUCCUUCUAGGCUGUAUGGACGAGCAAUUGCUGGCGCGGUUGUGCUCAAGCCGGCAUGUUGCGUACAUUGAUGCUGUGGUGCGGGACAAGGACUCGUAUGUGCAGCGCUGUGCGGCGUGCCUGGCGUGCUAUCUUGGCGUCUUCUUUGAAGCGCAACUGGCGGAGAUUGCGCGUGGGGCGUCGUCGUCCACAACGCUUACCGCACUUAACGCAUUGUACAACAUUAUGAGCGCCCGCAACAUUGGUACUAUGGUCGAGUUGGGUGACGGUGUCUUCAAGAGCCUUGGCACGUGCCUUGAGAAAGCGCUCUCAUCGCCGCGCUAUGCCGCAUACGAACCAGAGUUUAAUAAACUAGUGGAGCUCCUCGCGCAAAACUGCGACCGGACCCUCCGGCACCGCCGUGCUGUGGCGAGUGAGCUUUUCCCACCCUACUUGCGCAUGAUCAGCGGGUCUGAUAGUGAGCGGCGCUUCUCUGCGCUGCGCAUUCUGAGUGCAUUCGUUGCGCCGCUCGGUGAUGACACGGGACUGACAAAGGAAGAUAAUAUAGUUGAAGGGGAGACAUUGGACCACCUAAUGCAGAAAGUGGCCGCCUCACUGCCAGAGUUGUUAAAGGAGAGUGAGCCUAUCCCAAUCCACGCUAUUCGCCUGCUCACCGCAUGCUGUGAACGACGGCCCAAGGCUUUUGCGACUCUCGCAACUGUGGAAGUGACGGGAGAGUUGGUGCGCUACAUGAUGCGCUCGAGGCAGACCGAUCUGUCAGUGCCGCUCCAGCUGUUGUUGCUCGCGCUGCAGACGGAGCGGGCGGCGGACCUUAUGGACUACUUGGUGGCGCAGGAAUUCAUUACUGCGGUGCUCUUCAAGACAUUGUCUAUGGCGGUGGCGAAGGAUCUCGACCACCUCCUUGACCCGUGUUGUGAAAUCGCCGCCUUCUUUCUGAAGCAGGCUGUGCAAAACAUGGGCUCUCGUAUGGCGCAGCAGUGCAUUCAGCUCCUAACCCUACCGGGGGGCUUAGAAACACUAUGGCUGCCGGUGUGCUGUUCGCAGAUGCGCACAGCUGCUGAGAAGGCGGCGACAUGUGUUUUCUAUUUCGUCCGAAUGUCAUCGGAGGCGCAGCAGAGCCUCAUGUCCGCUGCGGGCAUCAAAUGUGUGCGGGAGAUUAUUUCCGACACGCGCGGAAAUCCUGCUGCGGUGCUUCACAUCCUACGCGCGCUCCGGUACUCAUGCGAGCGCAGCCGCAAGCGGGAGGUGCAGAAGCUUUCACAGUGGCUGCUGGCGGCUUUGGAGGCCAUCGCACGCGAGGGAGCUUCCAACCAGGAGUUGUCCUCGGAGGCCAGUGCCAUUAUAGAGCUGAUUCGUGGGUAA